AUGGAGCCCUGGCCGCUCCUCCUGCUCCUGGGGCUCUGCUCAGCCGGCCUUGUCCUGGGCUCCGAACAUGAGACCCGCCUGGUGGCGCAGCUGUUUGAAGAUUACAACAGUGUGGUUCGGCCGGUGGAAGACCACCGCGAGGCUGUGGAGGUCACCGUGGGUCUGCAGCUGGUACAGCUCAUCAAUGUGGAUGAAGUAAAUCAGAUUGUGACAACCAAUGUGCGACUGAAACAGCAAUGGGUAGAUUACAACCUAAAAUGGAAUCCAGAAGACUAUGGCGGUGUGAAAAAAAUUCACAUUCCUUCGGAAAAGAUCUGGCACCCAGACCUCGUUCUCUAUAACAAUGCAGAUGGUGACUUUGCCAUUGUCAAGUUCACCAAAGUGCUCCUGGACCACACUGGCCACAUCACGUGGACACCUCCGGCCAUCUUCAAAAGCUACUGUGAGAUCAUCGUCACCCACUUUCCCUUUGAUGAACAGAACUGCAGCAUGAAGCUGGGUACCUGGACCUAUGACGGCUCUGUGGUGGUCAUCAACCCGGAAAGCGACCAACCAGACCUAAGCAACUUCAUGGAAAGCGGAGAGUGGGUGAUCAAGGAGGCCCGGGGCUGGAAGCACAAUGUGACCUAUGCCUGCUGCCUCACCACCCCCUACCUGGACAUCACCUACCACUUUGUCAUGCAGCGCCUGCCCCUCUACUUCAUCGUCAACGUCAUCAUUCCCUGCCUGCUCUUCUCCUUCCUAACUGGCCUGGUGUUCUACCUGCCCACAGACUCAGGAGAGAAGAUGACUCUGAGCAUCUCUGUCUUGCUGUCCUUGACCGUGUUCCUCCUGGUCAUCGUGGAGCUAAUCCCUUCCACCUCCAGUGCCGUGCCCUUGAUCGGGAAAUACAUGCUGUUCACCAUGGUGUUUGUCAUCGUGUCCAUCAUCAUCACGGUCAUUGUCAUCAACACACACCACCGCUCCCCUAGCACCCACGUCAUGCCUGACUGGGUGCGCAAGGUUUUUAUCGACACUAUCCCAAAUAUCAUGUUCUUCUCCACAAUGAAAAGACCAUCCAGAGAAAAACAAGACAAAAAGAUUUUUACAGAAGACAUUGAUAUCUCUGACAUUUCUGGGAAGCCGGGGCCUCCACCCAUGGGCUUCCACUCUCCCCUGAUCAAACACCCCGAGGUAAAAAGCGCCAUUGAAGGAAUCAAAUACAUCGCGGAGACCAUGAAGUCAGACCAGGAGUCCAAUAACGCGGCUGAGGAGUGGAAGUACGUUGCAAUGGUGAUGGAUCACAUUCUCCUUGGAGUCUUCAUGCUUAUCUGUAUCAUUGGAACCCUGGCUGUGUUUGCAGGUCGGCUCAUUGAAUUAAAUCAGCAGGGAUGA